UUUAGGCAAUUAUUCGAUGUCAAUUUGCAAAUCAUGGCGGGUGCUUCGGCUGGAGAUUGGUGUCUUAUCGAGAGUGAUCCGGGUGUAUUUACUGAGCUCAUAAGAGGCUUCGGUGUUGGUGGAAUGCAAGUUGAAGAAAUAUGGACUCUAGAUGAUGAAGCUGCCCUGGAAAAACUCAAACCAGUUCAUGGACUGAUAUUCUUAUUCAAGUGGCAACCUGGAAUGGAGUCCACAGGAACGAUCGUCCAGGACAGCAGAUUAGAUGACAUUUUCUUUGCCAAACAGGUAAUCAACAAUGCAUGUGCUACACAGGCCAUUCUGAGUGUUCUCAUGAACUGUCAUCAUGGUGAUAUCACCCUUGGCAACCAACUUAAGGAAUUCAAAGAGUUCACUUCAUCAUUUGACCCCACAAUGAAAGGCCUUACCAUAAGUAAUUCUGAGGUCAUCAAACAAGUUCACAACAGCUUUGCAAGACAACAGAUGUUUGAGUUUGAUUCAAGAUUAGCCAACAAGGAUGAUGAUGUUUACCACUUUGUAAGUUACAUGCCGAUCCUGGGAAGAUUAUAUGAACUGGACGGACUUAAGGAUGGCCCAGUAGAUCUUGGACAAGUAGAUGAAGGAGAUUGGUUGAAGACUGUGAAACCUGUCAUCGAAGAAAGAAUACGCAAGUAUAGUGCCAAUGAGAUCCACUUCAAUCUGAUGGCUCUAAUCACAGAUAGAAGGAUGAUAUAUGAAAAGGAAACCAGCAGAUUACAAGAUCAACUCAAGGCUUUACAAAGUCAGGAGGAAUUGAUGGACACUGACCAAUCAGGGCCUUUGUCUGCUGAUGCCAUCCAAUCAGAACUGAGCAGGUAUCAGCUGUUGCAAGAAGAAGAGGAUAGAAAAAUCAAGAGAUUUAAAGUAGAAAACGUAAGACGAAAGCACAACUACCUUCCACUUAUUAUGGAGCUCCUCAAGAUCUUGGCAAGCAAAGGAGAGUUGGUUCCUUUGGUUAAAGAGGCAAAAGAGAAGGCUCUUGCAAAACAGGAAAAGGAGAAGCAGAAGAAAGCAACAGAAGCAAGAUAGAAAUAGAGACUUGACUUUGUUUAGUAAAUUCACAUUAAUUAAUAUUAAAAAAUGACAGUCGACAAGAAAUGUCAACUCUCAGUGGCCUUUCAUUCACCAAAGUUACAAAAAAUCUAUGACCCUACCCUCCAAAUGAAAAUAAAACUAAAUGAAUUAGUAAAUAUAUGAAAAAUAUCAAAAUAAAAAAAAGGCUUCCCCAAAUCUUCACAUGCAUGAUAUGUGUGUGGAUUUUUCAAAAUUAUGAAGUUUUUCAUCGUGAAAUUCAUGAAAAAGGGUUUUUACCCAACAAGUUUGUUUUUCUGAAUGACUAAAUUCAUCCAAACUAAAGAGAUCAUUCAUUACUUUGAAUGUCAACAUCCUUGCAAGUAUUGUUACUUGAUCUUUGUUUUGUGUGUCACACAGUAGAGCUGUGUUUUACCCAAGUAUGAGGGAGUGAGAGUGUGGAGGUAGUUUACAUUUAUUUAAAGUGUAACUAUUUUUAUCCCAGAUGUCCAAAUAAAGUAUACCUGUUUUUGUAUAUGUCAGUUAAAAGAAGACUUUCUAUCAGUCAGUCAAGUCUUCUUUUUAUUGUAAAAAUAGCUUUGUUGUGAGAACAAAGGUUGUAUUAUUUAUUCCAUUUCACCCCUCAUAUUCAUCAUUUGUUUGUUCUUUGGUGCAAAUAGCUGCCUUAAGAAACAAUUGAAUUUCAAGGUGUAAAAUUGUGUAUUUAAAAUCACUGAUUACAUUUGAUCAAGAAAAAGUGUGAAGAAUUAUUGAGCCUGUCUCUCAAAUAAGUCAAGUAACCACUGCAUUUGGUUUCUGAUAAUUUGUAUAAGCAGUGAAUCUAAAGGCUGUCUAAAUCAACCAAUCGGAUUAAGUCUCUUAAAUGUCAAUGAUUGCUUCUGCCAAUCACAGUAAGUCUCUUAAACGCCACUUUAUUGCCUGAAAGAAUGAAAGGUAAACACAUCUUAAAAAUACAUAAAUUAAUUAAGUUCAUUGUUGUUUCAUAUUUAAUCUUUAAAAGUAUGAAACCAUUCUUUGUAUUACAAGUGUCUGAAACAUUCCAAAUAGUCAAAUGUGGAAUUUUAUCAUUUUGAUAAUUUUCAUUGUAUCACAUGACUCGACUUGAGAGUAGAAAGCAUGUGCAAGCUUUUUCUUUUUUCAUUUGAGAAAAAAAAAUGUAAUCAUAUUGAUAUUUUCUUCCCUCUUUGACAUAUUGGCAUUUGAAUAAAUUCAGAUGUUAGAUUUGAAGAUUCUCAUAGCCUGUCCAAACCUAAAACAAAAUCAUUACAGAAUUAAAGAGUGAAUGGGUGAUAUGAUUUAGGUUGAUUUUCUCCGAUGUGUAUUUAUUGCAAAUUUGAGCAAUGAUCAAAUACAUACAAAACAUUUGUGACUGUUUUUGUUAAAAAUUCAUUGUAAAAUCUGUUUGAUGAUGGGUGUUGAAUUUCUGCUUAACAUUACCAAAGUAAUUAAAUGAUAUUGGAAA